CAUCAUAACUUAAAAGUGAUUUGAGAGUGUUGGUUCAGGAAAAAGAUGCCAAUUUUCAGUGACCCUAAUAAUCUUUUAUCUUCUCUGUCCUCACUUUUCUUUCUCUCAUAUAUAUCUAUAUAAAUAUAUAGCUUCUGGAUCUUCUUCCACCUCUUAACGGAUCUCAGAUUCCAACAUCUAUUUUUGGCUCCUCAAGUUUUUAUUUCUGCUCCGAAACCUCUUAAUUUCUGAGUUUGUACUGUGUUGAAAGAAAAAAACAUGAGUGAAAGCAUGUACCUUUAUAGUCAAAGAGUGAAGGGAAAGUAGCAGCAGGUUUUCAGCCUUGAAAAAGUUCACAAAUUGCUUUAUUUUCUUUAACCGCUUUACAUUUGUUUUUGGGGAAUAGUUUUUUGUCAUUCCCAAUUUGCUUUUCUCAGCAAACUUUUUCCUUGUACCUGUACCCUAAUUUCACUUUGUUUGCGACUUCCUUUUUUGGUCACUUUGCCAUAAUUUAACAAGGUGGUUGCUCUCAAAUCUCAUCCUUGAUCCAUAAGGGGUGCUUGAAAGUUUGUCUUUUUUUUUUUUGUUUUGUUUUUAAUUCAACAUGGAGUGUAAGAGAAAGAAUGAAAAAUCAAAAUCAAACUCCACUUUUCCUGAUGAAGUGUUGGAGCUGGUUCUUGGGAUGUUAAAGUCUCGGAAAGACAAAAGCACGGUUUCUUUGGUUUGCAAGGAAUGGUACAACGCUGAGAGAUGGUCAAGGAGGAGUGUGUUCAUAGGUAACUGCUAUUCCGUGUCUCCUGAGAUCUUAACUCGCAGGUUUCCAAACAUUAGAAGUGUUACGCUGAAAGGGAAGCCUCGUUUCGCUGACUUCAACUUGGUUCCUGCCAAUUGGGGUGCUGAUAUUCAUUCAUGGCUGGUGGUGUUUGCUGUGAAGUACCCUUGGCUUGAGGAGUUGAGGCUUAAGAGGAUGACUGUUACUGAUGAGAGCUUGGAGUUUCUGGCUCUCAAAUUCCCCAAUUUCAAAGCUCUUUCUCUUCUCAGUUGUGAUGGAUUCAGCACUGAUGGGCUGGCUAAAAUUGCUGCUAAUUGCAAGAAUUUAACUGAACUUGACAUACAAGAGAAUGGUAUCGAGGAUAAGAGUGGCAAUUGGUUGAGUUGUUUCCCAGAAAGCUUCACAUCAUUGGAAGUAUUGAACUUUGCCAAUCUGCACUACGAAGUAAAUUUUGAUGCACUUGAGAAACUUGUCAGUAGGUGCAAAUCAUUAAAGACUUUGAAGGUAAAUAAAAGUGUAACACUGAAACAGUUACAAAGGCUUCUUGUUCAUGCUCCUCAGUUAGGUGAGCUUGGUACUGGCUCAUUUUCACAAGAGCUGACACCACAGCAGUGCUCAGAGCUUGGAAGUGCAUUCAAAAAUUGUAGAAAUCUUCACACCCUUUCAGGGUUAUGGGUAGCUACAGCACAAUAUCUCCCAGUUCUGUACUCUGCUUGCACAAAUCUCACUUUCUUGAAUUUUAGUUAUGCUCCUCUCGACAGUGAUGAUCUUGCUAAGCUUCUUGUUCACUGUCCUAAGCUUCAGCGCCUAUGGGUUGUGGAUUCAGUGGAAGACAAGGGGCUAGAAGCUGUUGGAUCACACUGUCCAUUGCUUGAGGAACUGCGUGUUUUUCCUGCAGACCCCUUUGAUGAGGGCAUUGUUCAUGGGGUUACUGAAUCAGGGUUUAUUGCAGUUUCUCAAGGAUGCCCGAGACUUCACUAUGUUCUCUACUUUUGUCGUCAAAUGACCAAUGCUGCUGUUGCUACUGUUGUGCAAAACUGUCCUGACUUUACUCAUUUCCGGCUGUGCAUCAUGCAUCCGGGUCAGCCAGAUUACUUGACACAGGACCCUAUGGAUGAGGCCUUUGGAGCUGUUGUUAAGACUUGCACUAAACUCCAGAGGCUUGCAGUAUCAGGUUAUCUGACUGACCUAACUUUUGAGUACAUAGGCAAAUAUGCAAAAAAUUUGGAAACUCUAUCCGUGGCUUUUGCUGGAAAAAGUGAUUGGGGCAUGCGGUGUGUGCUGGACGGCUGUCCAAAGCUGAGGAAACUUGAGGUAAGGGACUGUCCGUUUGGCAAUGUAGCUCUUCUGUCAGGUUCCAGGAAGUAUGAGUCGAUGAGGUCACUGUGGAUGUCAGACUGCAAAGUGACGAUGAAUGGUGUAAGACUGUUGGCCAAAGAAAUGCCUAGGUUGAAUGUGGAAGUCAUAAAGGAAGAAAGAUAUGAGACUCAUCAGGCUCGAAAAGUUUAUGUUUAUCGUUCUGUUGCUGGUCCAAGAAGGGAUGCCCCUCCUUUUGUUCUCACUCUCUGAAAUGCUAUCACUACUCCUACUUUGAAGCUCAAAAUGUCCUAGCCUUUGAUUUUCUCCACAGAUGGAAAAACUACUGAUAUUCAAGACUCAAUAAUAUGGAAGGUGGGAGGAAGAAAGGGGAUCUGCAUGAUUCAAACUUCAAUAAUGUUCUCUUGGUACAUCAUAAAAGCCAGCUUUUUUUGACAUCCUAUAAUUGUAAUACUUGCCUUGUUGAUACUAGCUGGACCCACCUAAAGAAAUAAUGUUACUGUCCAUGAAGUCACAGCUAAUGUGAGCAAAAUUAAUGGAUUCCUGAGAAAUCAUUGUGAACAAAAUUAAUGCAUGAAAAAUAUCUAUUCAGGAAGAUACAGGAUCAUGGUACCAAGUCGUCUGUAUUUAUAUGUGGCCUUUUGCGGCUUACUGAAGACAUUUUUGUUUGAUUCAAAUAUCUAUUCAGAAAAAUACAUUUCCUUCUGAAAA